GUCAUUAUCUGGAAGGAUUCAGCCUCGCGGCUGAUCAGGACAACCGGCUAGGCGAGUCUAUUUUACGAUUGGUGCUCUGCGGUUUGUUGUGUGUAUAUCAGAGUGUGACGGAUAGGAAAAGGGACAAUCAGUAAAUAAGUAAAUACUCUUGAAGAUGGAAAAAUGCUUUCUGCCAAUAUUACUCCUGUGGGCUAUAAUCUGUACUGUUAAUGCUGAAGAAUCUGAAAACGGAUAUGUUUUUACAUCACCGAGAACCUGGAACAGCGAUGCGAAGAACAACUUACAGCUAAGACUCUAUGGCAAACAUGAUGCUGGAACGUUGAAAGUCCAAGUUUACUACUCGGAUUCCUAUCAAGGGAAUGAAACGUUAGCAACGGAGAAAGAAUAUUCCGUAGAUCAAGAUGCGGAGGAUUCCUUCUUUGGCAUGUACUUACCAACAUUUGACAACUACGUUUAUGCCGGAAAAGUUCAAAUCGAAGGCUCUUUUGGCGAUUAUUCUUUUUCGGGCAAUGAUACUAUUUACUUCGGAACAGCUAAAGAAAAGAUUGGUAUUAUUCAAACUGAUAAGCCAAUUUACAAGGAAGGACAAACUGUGAAAUUCAGGGUGGUAUUUAUGGAUAAAAAAUUGAAACCAGUUGAAGGAACGUCAGCAAACAUUUGGGUAGAGGAUCCCAAAGGAACAAGACUAUUUCAAUGGAAAGAUGUACCAGUUGGUAGGGGCAUCAAGCAGCUGGAAUUUCCUUUGGCAGAUGAACCAGUUGAAGGGGAGUGGAAGAUCAGUUUGACUGUUGGCGACAACGACUAUUUUACAACGUUUGAAGUGAAAGAAUAUGUGCUACCAAAAUAUGAAAUUGACAUUACCGUGCCACCUUUUGUUUUGGCAAACGCUGAAGAAAUUCCAAUAACCGUCUGUGCUAAGUACACUUACGGAAAACCAGUAAAAGGAUUACUUGCGUUGAAUGUAUCUCUUGAAAAGUAUGUCUGGUCAAAUGAAAAAGUUCCCGAGGUUGAAUAUAAUGGAGAGUUUGAUGGAUGCUACGACUACAAAAUAAAUGUUUCACUGGUGGAACCAGGAGAUUACUACCGCUACAGAAGAAUACAAAUUGUGGCUAGAGUCACAGAACAAGGCACAGGAGUAGAAAGAAAUGGAACUAAAUUCAUUCAAAGACAGUACUCACCUUUGAAUCUCAAUUUCAAUCAGGAGCAAAAACAAUAUUUUAAACCAGGACUACCGUACAACGGAGAGCUGAAAGUAAGCAACCCAGAUGAUACACCUGCAUCAGGAGAAUCGAUUGAAAUUUGCGCCACCAUCUCCAGAGAGAGAGAACUGAGCCAUUGGUGGGCUACUAAAAAAGUGAAAUUUUGCAGAAACUACACAUCCAAUGACGAUGGAAUCAUCAAGUACACGAUACCUCCGCAAAAUGCCGACUCUACCAAGAUCAACCUGGAAGCAAAAUCCACUUGCUACACAAAAAGUCCAAAUAAGUCUGGACGAGAAAAUUCUUUGACUCAACCGCAAACUAGUACAUCUUUGACUCCCUGGUAUUCCCCAUCCGGCAACUUCAUCCAACUGCAACCAGAACAAGAUGUUCUAAAAUGUGGUUCGGAGAAGAAUCUAAAAUUGCUUUUCACAUCAAAAACCGACGCAGACUUUACUUUCUUUUAUCAGGUGCUACGCCAGGGCGUUGUAGUCUCAUCAGGAACGGUAGAUACCAGUUUCUCUGCUAAAGACGAUGUUUCGCAUAAGUAUCAGGAUGAUGAGAAACUCGUGAACGAGAAAGAAACUCAAAUUCUUCCUCCUGCAUCUGAAGAAGAUUUGAAAUCUUCAACUGAUGAAGAAUGCCCUUCUGCAAGAGAAGCACGGUACAUUCCACCCAUUGGAGAAGUGGAUCUCAGCGUCAGUGUCGAUCCCACUUUGUCGCCUUCGUUCUACGUCUUGGUCUACUACCUCCGUGAUGAUCGAGAAGUAAUUGCUGAUUCCCAGAAAUUCACCGUUGAGAAAUGCUUCAAGAACAAGGUGGCGUUUGAAUUUGGAGAUGAAGUUGCGCAACCUGGAAUCAAAACUACAGUCACGCUGAAAGCCUCUCCGAACUCAAUGUGCGGAGUGAAAAUCGUGGAUAAGAGUAUCUCUUUGCUGAACUCAAAUGAUCAACUCACCACCGAAAAGGUGUUCAACUUUAUCGAAAGUAUGGACAUUGGCAGAUAUUAUGGAGUAAACCGCUGCAAUGAAAAAACACCACAACCAGGACUUUACAGUAAAUCCAGUGAUAUGAUCGUAAAACCCAGACCAUGGUCCGCUUCUUCGUAUGAAGAUUCUUUAGCUGCUUUUGAAAAUUGUGGCUUAUUGGUCAUCAGCGAUUUGACUCUGUUUACCCGACCCUGCAAGAGUAACCGUGGAGGUGACAAUGUUUACUAUGACUACUCAAGCGAUAUAGCUCCUCAAAGUGCUGGCCAUGCUGUGGCACUAGCAUCAACAGCCAGGAGACCGGCCGCCCCCGAGGCCAGCAACAAAAUGGGAGCUGCUGCAGCUACCAAAUCCGCUGUGGACGUGAGAAAUUACUUCCCGGAGACAUGGCUUUUCCAGAUGCAGAUGACUGGACCUGACGGUGAGCUUGUGACGAAAGAACGACUGCCACAUACCAUCACCGAAUGGAUCGGCAGUGCCGUGUGCAUGAGCAGUGAGGAUGGACUUGGCAUUUCCAACAGUACUAGUAUCAAAGGAUUCCAGGCUUUCUUUCUUUCGUUUACUCUUCCAUAUUCUGUCAUCCGCGGGGAGAUCUUCACUGUAUCUGUGUCUCUCUUCAACUACGUAGACGAUUCCUUACCAGUACGAGUAUCUUUGGAUGAAUCUGAUGGAUUUACAGUGGUAGGUGAUUCUAUUGAUGGUGAUAUUUGCUUACAACCAGGAGGAGGAGAAACACUUCAACUGAAAGUAAAAGCAGAAACACUUGGAACCGUGAAUAUGACAGUUAGAGCAGAAACCAAGAAAGGAGCUUGCGGUGACCAGCCAGUUUCGGAUUCAGUAGCCAAGGAUGCUGUCACAAAUUCGUUCAUUGUUGAACCUGAAGGUUUCCCAACUGAAAGCAUAGAAAGCACUCUGGCUUGUCCUAAAGAUGAAGAAAAUGGAUCAUUUGAACAGAAACUAAUACUAAGUGUCCCAGAUGACGUUGUUCCAGAUUCUGCUCGAAGUUACCUUGACGUCACCGGAAACGUCUUGGGACCUUCUUUGGAUAAUCUGGAAAAUCUCGUUCAAGUACCAACUGGUUGUGGAGAGCAAAAUAUGGUGAAAUUUGUACCAAAUUUAGUUGUUUUGGAUUUCUUUACUGAGACGGGAAAACUUACUGAGAAAAUUAGAAACAGAGCAAUCAAGAAUUUGAAUACAGGAGCACAACAGGAAAUGAACUACAGACACGACGAUGGCUCCUUCAGCGCUUUUGGUUACAGAGACAAGGAAGGAAGUAUGUUCUUGACAGCCUUUGUUCUUCGUUUCUUUUUUGAAGCCCAGAGAUACAUUACGAUUGAUAACGGUACCUUGCAACAGAUGCAGAAUUUCAUAAUCUCAAAGCAACAACAGGAUGGCUGCUUUCCUGAUGUUGGAAGAAUCUUCGAUACUGGUUUCCAGGGAGGAAUCGAGAAAGAGAAGUCUCAAGGAGUCAUAACCGCUUAUGUUUUGACCUCCCUUUUGAUAUCUGGAUACGAUAAUGAGACUGUUAUAAAUCCUGCUUUAUCCUGCCUGGCUAAGGAUGAUUCGAAACUCAGUCCUUAUGCAACCUUCCUGUACGCAUAUGCAGAAGCCUUUGCUGGAAAAACGGAAUCGGCAAAAACAAGAAUUGCAGGAGCUAGAGAAAAUGCAAAUAAAACAGGAGGCGUGGAAUACUACAAAAACGAAAAUGACUCUAAAUCGAAGGACAUAGAAACUGCUUCCUAUGCCUUGUUAGCAAUUCUGAAAACUGGCGGUACAGGAUCAGAUGUUUUGCCUAUCGUACGGUACUUGACUCAAAACAUGAAUCCAAGAGGAGGAUUUAUGUCUACUCAGGAUACGUGUGUGGGAUUGCAAGCUCUUGGUGAAUUUGCUAAAAUAACUAACAGUGACGAAACGGACGUAACAGUCGUGGUGUCUGGUUCCCUGGAAAAGGAAAUCAGAGUUACUGAAGACGAUAAAAUGAUUGUAAAGAGAAACAAGAUAUCCGAUGUUCCGAGCGAAGUCAAUAUUAAAGCUGAAGGUUCAGGCUGCAUAUUGGUCCAGAAUGUGCUCCGUUACAACACAAAAACUGCCCCAGAAAAGAAAAUGUUCAACUUGGAGGUUACCGGCAAAUGUUCCGACGAUCGCUGCAAGAAAGGUGUAAUCAAAGUCAGCAUAAGUUACAUACCAGAUGGAAAACAAGCAGGAAUGACAGUACUGGAAGUAAAAAUGCUGUCUGGAAUCGUGCCAACGAAGGAAAGUUUGGAUGAAAUACUGACAGACAAAAAAGUUGGCAUCCAGAGGGCUGAUGUUGAAGAUAAUUCCGUUGUUUUAUACUUCAAUGAGAUAUCUAAUACGGCAACAGUGUUUUCAUUUGAAGUUGAGGAAGUAGUCGAAGUUGAUAAUGCUCAGCCGGGAACUGCUAAAGUGUAUGAGUACUACGCAAAAGAAAAUUCUGCAUCGACAAGUUAUACCCUUGAAAAAUGUGAAGAUUCCAGUUGUUCCAACUAAAAGUGGUAAGAACUCUUAGAACUUUAAACAUGAGGCAAGUCACGAAUUCAACUGCUGGAUAGAAGUGGAAGAAACUGAAACAACAGUAUUUUAACUCAACGCACAGCUCUCGAGUAUUUUCUUCAAGAAAUAUUUUACAAAUAUUUGCAAAAAUUUGUAAGUUUUAAAAACUGUUUAGGCCUGUGAAACUGUAUCAAAAUUGUAAUUGUCAUCCUACAAGGAAAAUAAAAUCCUUAAAACCA